UCUUAACUUAUACAUUUCUAAAAUAUUAACGACAUUUUCUUACUCGACUUUUUAAUACAUUAUAUAUAUAGAAAGAGUCACCAGUUUCUUUGUCAUAGACUCACUGAGUUCUGGCUCGUCAACUUCCCAUCCACCAUUCCCCAGCUCUCUCGCCAUGGAUCACCAAGUCUCCCGCCGAACCGAGAUCUUAACCAACCACCUCCUCCUCCGUGCACCGCCGCCUUCCUCCGUUCUGCAGCCCCACCGCUGCCUGAGCUACUCCCCUCCCGAGCUCUCCAACGAAUUCGCGUUCGACUUGCGGGAGAUGCGGAGGUUAAUGGACGGGCACAAUCUGGAGGACCGCGAUUGGCUCUUUUCCGUCAUCGUGCAGAGCGCACUCUUCAACCGUCGCGAGCGCGCCGGCAGAAUCUUCGUCUGCCCCGACUACAACCAGUCGAUGGAGCAGCAGCGCGAAGCCACCAUGAGGCGCAUCGAGUAUCUUGUGGAGAGAGGGGUUUUCCGAGGGUGGCUGACUGGCGAGGGCCCGGCGGAGGAGCUGAGGAAACUCGCGCUCCAUGAGGUUAUGGGGAUGUAUGAUCACUCCCUUUCUGUUAAGCUUGGGGUUCACUACUUCCUCUGGGGAGGGGCCGUGAAGUUUUUGGGAACCAAGCACCAUCAUGACAAGUGGUUACGUGCUACUGAAAACUAUGAUAUGAAGGGUUGUUUUGCUUUGUCUGAGUUGGGUCAUGGAAGUAAUGUGCGAGGCAUUGAAACAAUCACUACUUAUGAUUCAAACACGGGAGAAUUUGUAGUCAAUACUCCAUGUGAAUCGGGCCAGAAGUAUUGGAUUGGUGGUGCAGCNAAUCAUGCAACACAUACUAUAGUCUUUUCACAGCUCUAUAUAAAUGGAAGCAAUCAAGGGGUGCAUGCAUUCAUUGCCCAAAUCAGGGAUUCAGAUGGNAACAUAUGUCCAAACAUUCGAAUAGCUGAUUGUGGUCACAAAAUUGGUGUGAAUGGAGUUGAUAAUGGCCGUAUCUGGUUUGACAAUGUAAGGAUACCUCGGGAGAAUUUGUUGAAUUCUGUGGCUGAUGUUUCCCCAACUGGUGAAUAUUUGAGUGCCAUAAAAAAUGUUGAUCAGAGGUUUGCUGCUUUCUUAGCCCCUUUGACCAGUGGUCGGUUCAGUGGUCAUUUUCCCAUAUGGAUGUUCAUUUCUUUACUUUUAUGGUUCAGAUAUGCAAUGAGUUUUUCCGCAAAUGACCUCAAAAUAAUGUAUGUGAAAAGAACACCGAAGUCAAACAAAGCCAUUCAUAUUAUUUCUAGUGCAUACAAGGCUACUUUUACUUGGAACAAUAUCCGUACUCUCCUUGAAUGUCGUGACGCCUGCGGAGGCCAAGGAGUUAAAUCUGAAAAUCGUGUUGGUCUUUUCAUGGGUGAAUUUGAGAUGCAUUCGACAUUUGAGGGGGACAACAAAGUUCUUAUGCAGCAGAUUAGCAAGGCACUCUUUGCAGAAUACGUAGCAUGUCACAAGCAAAACAAACCUUUCAGUGGUUUAGGAUUAGAGCACAUGAACAAACCUUUGCUUGUUAUCCCGUCUCACCUAACAACUCCAACCAUUAGGAGCAGUGAAUUUCAGAUUGAUCUGUUCCACCUAAGAGAGAGAGACCUAUUGAGGCGCUUUGUUGAAGAGGUCUCAGAAUACCAAUCUCGUGGAGAAAGCAAAGAGUCUGCCUUCAUUCUAAGUUAUCAGUUAGCAGAAGACUUGAGCAGAGCUUUCUCAGAACGAGCAAUACUGAAAACAUUCAUGGAUGCCGAGUCAACUUUAGCCGCUGGUUCAUUGAAGAAUGUGUUGGGUCUAUUGAGAUCGUUGUAUGCAAUGAUCAGUGUGGAUGAAGAUGCUUCCUUUCUUCGAUAUGGAUACUUGUCAAAAGAGAAUGCUUCUGCAGUGAGGAAAGAAGUGCCAAAACUAUGCGCUGAACUUCGACCACAUGCACUUGCCUUGGUCAGUUCCUUUGGUAUUCCUGAUGCUUUUCUGAGCCCUAUUGCAUAUAACUGGCUUGAUUCAAAUUCUUGGUCUUCUCAACUUUAGCAAGCUUAUGCAAAUCUCUGCAUUUGAAAUAGUGUCUUUGUUGCAUGUUAUUGGGUGAAUAAAACGUUAAAGAAUAAAAUAAAAAGUUGGUAUAUGAGGCAAACCAAGGCCAGAUCAUUCAGAUUGAGUUUCAUCAAUUAUUUAUGUACCAUUUAAUAAAUAGCUCUUAAGGUAUUUUGUAACAAUACAAUAAGAAAUAGAAGACAAACGUAUGAGGGCUUUUAUUAUUAAAAGAUUGUGUCUCAGUACAAGCAUCAAGAGGCACUAAAAUAAACGGUGAUAGUAAAAUAAUAUGGGGAACUCUGCACACAGACAUAGGUCAUUCUUGAAAAGGAAAAUAUGGAGGAAAUUUAGAAGAGUGUGCAAUCGAAGAACAGAGAAGAAUAUUCAGAGAGAAAAAGGUAGUUGCAGAAAGGAGGGGUGCAUACCACAAGCGUAAUCAAUCCCGAAUGAAAUUCUCCCAUUUUGUAUUCUUUCUCUUCACACGUGUUCCUUUCCUCAAUAUUCUGUCAUCCUCUCUGCUUGACACGUGGUUAUUUUGUGUAACCACUACCGCUUCUUUCCUCACCCUGCUGUCACGCUUUGUGCGUGUUAUAAUACCCCGUUCUUGAACAGCAACCUUGUCCUCAAGGUUGAACUGAGGAUAGGCUUUCUUGAAUUCUUCUAUGUUUUCCCAAGAGUUGUAUGCCACCCGCAAAGAAUCCCAUUGG